AUGGGGUACCAAAGUUCAACACCAUCUUGGUAUCUCACACUCAUCUUUCCUUCUUUCCCCCCACAGGGCACCCUCCAGAAAUUUGUAGAUGACCUCUUUGAGACCAUCUUCAGCACUGCUCACCGUGGCAGUGCCCUUCCCCUGGCUAUCAAGUACAUGUUUGACUUCCUGGAUGAGCAGGCUGACAAGCACAACAUCCAUGACCCCCACGUGCGGCACACCUGGAAGAGCAACUGCCUGCCAUUAAGAUUCUGGGUGAACAUGAUCAAGAACCCCCAGUUUGUCUUCGACAUCCACAAGAACAGCAUCACAGAUGCCUGCCUCUCUGUAGUGGCUCAGACUUUCAUGGACUCCUGCUCGACCUCAGAGCACCGUCUGGGCAAAGACUCACCCUCCAACAAGCUCCUUUAUGCCAAGGACAUCCCCAGCUACAAGAACUGGGUGGAAAGGUACUACUCAGACAUUGCCAAAAUGCCAGCAAUCAGUGACCAGGACAUGAAUGCAUACUUGGCUGAGCAGUCUCGCAUGCAUAUGAACGAGUUCAACACUAUGAGUGCUCUCUCAGAGAUAUACUCCUACGUUGGCAAGUACAGCGAGGAG